GGCGAUAGUACGCGAGGAAUGCGGAGUGAUUCCCGCGCAUGCGCAGCAGCUAGAGGUGGUUCUGAUGUCUUCUCCCCCCUACGGAACGGAGAGACGGGGAUGUGUUUUGAGCCCGGACGGUGCGAAGUGCUGCACACUACAUCCGACUGGAGGCUGGACGGGGGAGCGGAUCGGGGGGCACUGGAGGGCCCGGGGCUGAUAUUCUGGGGUGUCAUGGCUUUAGGGUGUUAGGUUCCCUCUGUCUCUGCUACUGGGAAUUGGGGAGUUAGGUGUGCUGGGAUCUUGUAUUGGGGAGUUAGGUCCCCCCUGUGUCUGGUAUUGGGAGGUUAGGUUCCCCAGAUAUCUAAUAUUGGGGAGUUAGGUCCCCCCUGUCUGGUAUUGGGGGGUUAGGUGCAUCUGAUAUAUAAUAUUGGGGGGUUAGGUUCCCCAGAUCCCUCAUACCGGGACGUUAGGUUCCCCAGAUCCCUCAUACCGGGACGUUAGGUUCCCCAGAUCCCUAGUACCGGGGCGUUAGGUUCCCCAGAUCCCUAGUACCGGGGCAUUAGGUUCCCCAGAUCCCUAGUACCGGGGCGUUAGGUUCCCCAGAUCCCUCGCACCGGGGCGUUAGGUUCCCCAGAUCCCUCGUACCGGGGCGUUGGGUUCCCCAGAUCCCUAGUACCGGGGCAUUAGGUUCCCCAGAUCCCUAGUACCGGGACGUUAGGUUCCCCAGAUCCCUAGUACCGGGGCGUUAGGUUCCCCAGAUCCCUAGUACCGGGGCGUUGGGUUCCCCAGAUCCCUAGUACCGGGGCGUUAGGUUCCCCAGAUCCCUCGCACCGGGGCGUUAGGUUCCCCAGAUCCCUCGUACCGGGGGCGUUAGGUUCCCCAGAUCCCUCGUACCGGGGCGUUGGGUUCCCCAGAUCCCUAGUACCGGGGCAUUAGGUUCCCCAGAUCCCUAGUACCGGGACGUUAGGUUCCCCAGAUCCCUAGUACCGGGGCGUUAGGUUCCCCAGAUCCCUAGUACCGGGGCGUUGGGUUCCCCAGAUCCCUAGUACCGGGGCGUUAGGUUCCCCAGAUCCCUCGCACCGGGGCGUUAGGUUCCCCAGAUCCCUCGUACCGGGGCGUUAGGUUCCCCAGAUCCCUCGUACCGGGGCGUUGGGUUCCCCAGAUCCCUAGUACCGGGGCAUUAGGUUCCCCAGAUCCCUAGUACCGGGACGUUAGGUUCCCCAGAUCCCUAGUACCGGGGCGUUAGGUUCCCCAGAUCCCUAAUACUGGGGAGGUAGGGUUCCCCCCAGGGAGUAUUAGGGGGUUAGGUGUGUCUGUGUUGCUCUCACCAUGCAUUUCUCUAUUCCUGAGACGGAGACGUGUAACACGGACAACGGUGGACAGUAUGUGGCAUAUAACAUUCAUGUGAACGGUGUCCUGCACUGCAGAGUGCGCUAUAGCCAGCUGUUCGGCCUCCAUGAGCAGUUGCGGAGGGAGUAUGGAAACAAUGUGGUGCCCAUGUUCCCCCCAAAGAAGCUCUUCACCCUGACGCCGGCCGAGGUGGAGCAGAGACGGGAGCAGCUGGAGAAAUACAUGCAGGCUGUGCGGCAGGAUCCAGUGUUGGGAUCCAGCGAGAUAUUUAACAGCUUCUUACGGCGCUCCCAACAGGAAACUCAGCAGAUCCCUACAGAGGAGGUGCAGCUGGAGGUCUUCCUCUCUAACGGGCAGAAGGUGAAAGUGACCAUCCUGACCUCCGACCAAACAGAGGAUGUGCUGGAGGCAGUCACCACCAAAUUGGAUCUUCCGGAGGAGCUGAUUGGAUACUUCAGCCUGUACCUCAUUAAGGAUGGAGCAGAUGGCUCAUUCUCCUUUGUCCGGAAGCUUCAGGAGUUUGAACUACCAUACGUUUCAGUUACCAGUCUCCACAGCAGAGAAUACAAGAUUAUUCUUCGGAAAAGUUACUGGGAUUCCUCAUAUGAUGAGGAUGUCAUGGAAAGCAGAGUGGGCCUGAAUCUCUUGUACGCUCAGACGGUCAGCGAUAUUGAGCGCGGCUGGAUACAGGUGAACAAAGAGCAACAUCGACAGCUGAAAUCUCUGCAGGAGAAAGUCUCCAAGAAGGAGUUCAUCCAGUUGGCACAGACAUUGAAGUACUACGGGUAUCUGAAGUUUGAGCCCUGUAUCACCGACUUCCCGGAAAAGGGUUGCCACGUGAUCGUGAGUGCCGGAAACAAUGAACUCAACUUUCAAGUGAAACUCCCCAACGAGCAGAUGAAGGAAGGCAGCUUCAAAGUCACCCGCAUGCGUUGUUGGCGUGUCACCUCCUCGGUCCCCUUCAGCAAUGGCACCGGAAGCCCCAACAAGACAGAGGCCCGUCUGGAACUGGCCUUCGAGUACUUGAUGAGCAAAGACCGGCUACAGUGGAUCACCAUCUCCAGUCCGCAGGCUAUAAUGAUGAGUAUCUGCCUACAGUCAAUGGUGGAUGAGCUGAUGGUAAAGAAAUCUGGAGGCACCAUUAAGAAGAUGGCUCGGAAGAGGCAGUCGUGUUUGGUGCGGCGGGUAGACAGUCAGCAGGCAGUGAAGUCUCCCCCUCUCCUGGACUCUCCGGAUUCGAGUCGGGAGCCCAUUGCCAAGUUAUCGAGUAAGCUCAGCUCGGUCAGCCUCCGAGGAAUCAGUAAUUCCACCUCUACCAACGACAUGAGUGCAGAGGACUUCCAUGGGAACUACGCCUUCGAGGGCAUCGGAGAUGAUGACUUGUGAGGUGCCCAGGGGGGCCUCUUGCUGUCUUCCCUCCUGGGAUUUGUGUCAUCUUCAUCCCACUCUCCAGCCAAUGCCUUGCUCGGGAGCCACGUAGAUGGCAUUGUGCUCAGCACCAGCAGAAGGGAAGAUGGCUAUUCCUGGCUCCCGCCGCCAACACUAUUAUUCAUACAGCGCUCUGCUUGCACUUAUAAUUCCAAGAUUUGCACAGAUUGGGGGGCUGCUAGGCAUCCUGCCCCCCCCAUCCCUCCCCUGAGCAUCUGCUGCUCAUCAAUGAUUGGUGGAUUGUAAUGUUCUGUUUUUGAAGGCUCUCCAAGGGGUUCUCGUGUCCCUUGUCCUCAAUCGCUCAGCACUUUCCAGGGCCACCCAAGGACCAAAUUAACCCAUUCUAUGCCCCUCUCCUGGGAAAGGAUGAUGCUGGUUUCCUCCAUCGAGUGUGAGAUGUUCCAGAAGGUUCCAGACUACAGCGAAGGCAUCAACAGACCCCGUACGAUUGGUGGGAAAGGAUUGGUCUUAGGACAGAUAUCUGGACUGUGUAGCAGUGUGAGGCCACUUGUACCGGGUGAAGUAGGGUGGCAUGGAGCUCCCGCUGGACUUGCCACGCCCCUUUCCAAAGAACAGGUUCCAAUGAUUAUACACAAGGGGGAGGUACUUAAAGUGAAAUUUGCUUUUACAUGUCCAAUCGUAUAUCAGAGAUGCAUCUUGGAACUAAGUUUGAUGUUUCAGACAAACUUCCCCACUGCACUCCUAGAGCAUGACUCUUGCCAAAACUUUCAUUUUGUAUGGAGUGGAGGAGGGUUAAAAAUGUUCGUGACCUCCUCCCAUUAUUCUGACACGCCUCACCUGGACAGGAAGUGAGGGGGAAUCUCUCUUCAUCCUGACAGUAAAACUGAUUCUUCCUCCCUCCAUUAGAAGGUUAAUUGUAGGGCUUCUUGUGGCUCCAUUGGGGGAUUUCCUUUCAAUUUCUGUUGUGAUACCUGGACAGGAAGCAGUGGGAAUGUGCUCCGUUUCCUUUUAUUAUAUUGUACAUGGACA